AUGUCUAAUUUCCUAAAUAAAUCAAUCUUCUACGGUCAAGUCAACUUCACAAUAAACUUGAAAAGAGAGAGAUCUCCUAGUCCUGAUUUGUCGGAAGGAUCAAUCUCUUCCGCAGAUGUCAAGCGAACUAUAAAAAUAAAGUACUUUCUGGGUGGAGGAAGCAAGGAGUGGAAGCCAAAAGAAGAGCUUCUUGUUAAAAACAUCAACAUUACUGAAGCAUUAAAGAGAUUCAGAAAGAAGUCCAUUGGCGAAGCCGAUGAAGGGAAUAACAUAAAUUGCUUGAGAAUCCUCUCCUUCUCUCAUAUAUUCCCCCUUAAUAAGUUUGACGAUAAAAAAUGUGUUACUAGAUACUUCUAUGGAAGCACUCGCAAAGCUUUGAGAUCAAUAGCUAGCCGCAUGAAGCCCAGGUUCGAGCGUACACCUGCCAAGGCAGUUGUAUACUGCAAGAACGAAGCUGACAAAGAAGAGAAAGAAGAGAAAGAAGAAAAUGAAGAAAAUGAAGAAAAUGAAGUAAAGGAAGACAUGAUGAGCAUGGUUAAAUACCUAGUCAGACAUGAGAGUCAGUUCCAUGCUUGUGUUGCAAAUACCUCUAAAGCUUCAUUCACGGAAAAGCAUUUAAUGCCGGUUAUUCGAAGAGUGUUACUACAAGAUGCAAGCAAAGACAUUUUAUAUGCCAUAAUUGACAAGCCAAAUAAAGAUGGCAAGAAACCAGACUUCAUGAUUGGCACGAAGGUCAAGAGCAAAGAGCUCUAUUUCUUCUUUGUUGAAGUGAAAAGACCGGAGACUACAAGCAAAUACCAACCUGAAGAUGACUACGCAAAACUAAUGAAGCAGAUGAAAGGAUCUGUGGACGAGCAACUUUGUUUGGGAGUGCAAAACCCUUCUUCACUUGGUCUUUUGGUCGAAGGAUUUGACUGUACGCUUUUCCAAAUGAUGCUUCUUGCUGAUGGAGUAUAUAUGCCUAUGGCAAUCAAUCGCUUCUCUUUGAUUGAACAAAGUCACCACCUUGUACACUUGCCUUCAAUUGUCGAAGCUUUUUAUUUUGUUAAGGUAUUAAUUGCAAACAAACUGACUAUAGCAACAGUGUACUGACGUAUUCUAUACAGUGUGAGCUUAACAACUUUGUUGUUAAAGUGAAUGAGAAGAAGACAAAAGAAGAAAAGAGAAUUGGAAGAGAGCGCGUGCGUUUCUCUUUUGAGACCAAGUUUGAAACAAAGAUAAAGGCCAAGAAGAAGAAGAAGACCCAUAAAGCUAAUAAAUAAUUUUUUUUCUAUUUCCUCUUACAUCCACGUUGUUUAAGACUAUUAUCUAUAAACAGAGGAUACCACUACCUUAUCGAAACCAGGCAUCUUA